AGGCCGCGCGCAGCACGUCGUUUUUCACGUCCCGUUUUUUGCGAUUUUUGCUUCUCUCAUACGAAAAUGGCGUCGAUUGAUCCGCAAUCGAAAAAUCGGAUGCAGGGAUUCAAAAACAAAGGCAAGGAUCAAGAUGAAAUGCGACGAAGACGCACGGAGGUCACGGUAGAACUGCGCAAAAACAAACGUGAAGAGACUAUCCUCAAGCGGCGCAACGUUCCUCAAACCACAGAAUCGACGGACGAGGAGGACUACACACUACAAACGAACCUGAAGAAACUCGUCGACAAGGCCGCCAAUAGCAAAGAUAAGGAGGGACAGCUAGCCGCAGUUCAAGCCGCACGCCGAUUACUGUCCUCGGAUCGCAAUCCACCGAUUGACAAUCUCAUCGACAGCGGAAUCCUCCCGAUAUUAGUCAGUUGCCUCGAGCAGGAUGACAACCAAGUGCUGCAGUUUGAGGCCGCUUGGGCCCUCACGAAUAUCGCGUCUGGAACAUCGGUUCAGACAAACCAGGUCGUACGAGCCGGAGCCGUUCCACUGUUCCUGCGUUUGCUCGGUUCACCGGCACCAAACGUGUGUGAACAGGCAGUUUGGGCUCUUGGCAACAUCAUCGGGGACGGACCGAGCCUUCGCGACUACGUGAUUAAACUUGGUGUGGUGCAGCCGCUGUUGAAAUUCAUCCAGCCGAACAUCCCGAUUCCUUUCUUGCGCAACGUCACGUGGGUAAUCGUGAAUCUGUGUCGCAACAAAGAUCCGCCACCACCGGCCGCAACGAUUCUCGAAAUUUUGCCGGCCCUGAACGUGUUGAUUCAUCAUACGGACAUCAAUAUCCUCGUGGACACCGUGUGGGCGUUGAGCUAUCUGACCGACGGUGGUAACGAGCAGAUCCAACUCGUUAUCGAUAGCGGCGUGGUGCCAAAGUUAAUACCGCUAUUGUCUCACGUGGAGGUGAAGGUACAAACAGCCGCCCUGCGUGCAGUCGGAAAUAUCGUAACUGGCUCGGAUGAUCAGACGCAGGUCGUGCUAAACUGUGACGCGUUGUCGCACUUCCCGAAGCUCUUGACACACAGCAAGGACAAGAUUCGCAAGGAAGCAGUUUGGUUCUUGUCCAACAUUACAGCGGGCAAUCAGUCGCAGGUCCAGGCCGUUAUUGACGCGGGUCUGCUGCCAAAGGUAAUUGAAAAUCUGAAGGUUGGCGACUUCCACACACAAAAGGAGGCGGCCUGGGCGAUCAGCAACUUGACCAUUAGCGGCAACCGUGAGCAGGUUGCGCAGCUAAUAAAUGAUGGUGCCAUUAAACCAUUCUGCGAUCUGCUUGUUUGCCAAGAUUGUCAAGUAAUCAAUGUUAUAUUGGAUGGUAUCAAUAAUAUGCUAAAGUUGGCUGGACCGCAUGCAGAACACAUCGCAAACAUGAUCGAAGAGUGUGAUGGCGUGUCGAAGAUUGAAGUUUUGCAAAAUCAUGAGAACGUGGAUAUUUACAAGCUGGCCUAUGACAUUAUCGAGCAGUUCUUCUCGGAAGAUGUGGACGAAGCCGCCCUGGAAGAUCUAAGACCCGCGGCCGAUGAAAAUGCGUUCCAGUUCAACCAAAACCCAAACAUUCCCCGCGAUGGGUUCAAUUUCUAAAUCGCAUGCGAAUAAUUUGGGGAAUUAGAUAGAGUUUCUGCACACUGGAUCGAUCAUACGAAUAUACACAUUCAGAAUUCAAAUUCAUUAGCGAAUUACGUCAGAGUGCGUUGGUGGGAAAGUUACAACUCGUCGACCAGCUAAUCCUAUGUAACAACAGUUUCCGAUACAAACGCUACGUUUAGGACUUGCUUUUGCACGGCUGUAUCAACGAUGGAAAAGCAUUUAAAAUAUUUGAUAAAUUUUAAUCUGAUCAAAAAUCUCCCACAAACAAAAACAGAUAAGUCAGAAAAUUCACAUAAGAACAGGAAUGUGCUUUAUAUUUUUAUUUUGACAAUAUUUAGGUUGCAUGAACGAUUGGGUUUUGCUUGGAAAACAAUAAGCUCAAUUAAAUGUGUUUUCCAAAUGAAGAAAUUAUUGCUAUAUAGAUAGUCAGGACAUCAUAAUGAGAUUCCUUACACUAAAAAGGAAGUUUAACUCAUUUAAAACUGUAUCGGUAAGGAUGUAUCUGAACUCACGUCGAGAAUCCACUACAAUUUCGACGUACUAGUUAAUGAUAUACCAUGAAGUAUAUAACAUCAAUCAUCCACGGUCAGUCACUAUCAUCGAUUUUUUUCAACGCCCCCUUCCGAUGCAAAAUAACUAUGGUAGAACUUAGUGAUGAAUUUUUAGUGUUGCUUGCAUGAUUAGGUGAGAAUUUACCGCGACAGAAGAUAUCGGUAAAACUAAGUUUAAUUUCUAAUAUCGAUUCAUUGUUAGGCCAAAAUGAAUUAUCCGCUAAAUCCAAGGAACUCGAGAAUUCAUACAAGGCACGCACUAGUGGUGGUUGGACCAAAAGCAAUCCCACGAACCCCACAACCCAUAAAUAUCGAUAUUUAUUGGAAUUCAAGGACUGAUGACUUAUUCGUAUAUAUCUUCUCACUCUCGCAACCACUGACCGAUCUAUCUUCCGAUACCAACAAAGGGAAUUUGCUUAUCAAGCUCUUAGCAAGAAAAAGUCACGAAAAUGAGGAAAGAUGUAUCAACAAAACCAGAAGCAAUGUCAUUGUAUCUUUCUAACAUAUAUAUAUAUAUAAACGUUAUUGAGCAAAAAAAAGGAGGUGAAACGGAAAUAUCUAGCCUGGAUUAACAGGUUAUCCUGCUGUAGUAACACUACGGCCUCAUAGAAAAAGAAGUGCUCUGAAGGCGAUCUAAGAGCGGAAUGUCGAUAGCGACGAAUACAACAUUUGUCAUCGUUCUUUAUUUGUGUGGAAGAUUUAAGGAAAUCACUCACAAUUAGCAUACCACUUGUCAUAGUCCAGAUUAAACUACGGUCUUGUCAGCAAAUACUUAAUAUUAGGUUCAAUCUAAAAUCAAAGUUAGCAGCCUGUGAACAAUCUUGGAUGGAAAAUGGUACAUGAAGACCCAAAAACGAGACAGGCCAGAACACAUAAAGUUAGAUCCCACGAAUCAUACAUACACUCGCGCACACAUAUUGACACAGAGCAAAACAUUCAUACAUAUAUUUAUACACACGACCGAAUGAUACUGCAAACCUGCAAGAAGUAGGAGUUGUGUGGAUAAUUUUAUAAGCAAACAAAGGGAUAGCAACGUUAGACAUGAUUGUGAUUCUUGAUGGGGCAGCUGGCGUCGAAAUGCGAACAGAUUGAUCGCAGUACCUGGGCCCCUAGCAGCACGGGAAGGAAAAAUGGGAAAAGAAAUCGAUAUAUCUCCUCUUGGUUUUAGACGAAAACAAAUUCAGAAGAGACGACGAUGUGUGCUAGCUGUUACAUUUUAAUAUGAUAUUUUUUUCUUUCAAUUCCUUGUUGUGUUAUUUGUUGCAAGAGGGGAUACGAAAGAGUCCUAGGACGGUUACCGGCUUCCGAUGUGCGUGUCGCCACAGAGGACUCGCAAAACAAUUACACGUCAAUAGAUGUAAAAUACAGGUUGAAUGAUGAUUCCCGGAAUGAGGAAAUACUACGAAUGCUGGCAUUUUUUAUAAAGAAAUUCUCCCCACGUUGGUCGGGAGUGAUUGUGGGAUAAUCAAAAGGAUUUAUCGAAAGAGGUGUGAGGGCUGUGUGUGGAUAAAUAAAAUGCUAAUAAAUAGGUGGAAAAUCAAGGAGAGUGAGAACGUUAGGAAAGUUUAGCGAAUCGUGUAUGUGACGAAACCGUUUGAGAACAGUGGCAUACAUCAGAGUAUCAAAAUUAGACGCCGAAAGUGUCAGUGAUUGAGGCUUCCGAUGUUUUGUGAUCAAAGGCACUUUCUACUCAUGUGGAAUUAUGAUGGCAAUUAUGGGGUUCCCGAGUAUGGAAAGAUAUGGAGAGAAGCAAAUCAACAAAAAUGUAGCAGUUUUUCCCUAACCGAUAAGUCAGUCGGGAUACUAAAGGACAAGGGUAGAAUUAUGAGAGGACUGUUGCCUUGGCGUUCACGCUAGUAAGCAAACAAAGAUAUUUUUGUAAAAUAGUCUUUUUUAAUUGAUGAUUCCACUGCGCUGCAAUCCCGCAGUCAGACCUCCGCACUGGGCGGAUCAGUGAUGGCCGCUGCACAUAGUAGAGCAUCUCGGAAUAUUAACGCAAAUAUAAAGUAAUUUAUUUUCUACGACUUACUAGAAAAAAUGAAGCGAAUCAGUACCAGAGCUUUUUCGAGGAAAGAUUGCAUACAUUUUAAGACAAAAACAAUUGCACGUCCUGUCCGCGAUGCUUGAGGAAUACAGGAACGCGAAAACAAUACUAAGUUGUUGUAAAAUAUAUCGCUUACGAAACGGUGGACGCUUCGCUAGGGGCGAAUCGAUAUUAUGUAGAGACACGCUUAACCCGGUCUCUCCGCAGCGCUUUUGCGUUUUCUCGCUCUACGAGGAGUAUAUCCUGUUCAAUUGUAAGGGUCACUCCUGGCAGCGAGACGAGACUGCACUCUACUUCGGCGGCCCUGUUACGCCGCACGGUGGGUACAGAAUCGCAUUCAGUUAAGCUUUAAACAAAUGAAUUAGUUGUUCAGCCUGUGGCCAAGGCAUAAAAAUGACGCCAGUGAUGAAAAAACGGACGUGUUCCUCAGAUACGUGUAUUCGUGCGGAUAACAAAAGGAUCUGGCGUUUGUGUUUUAGUCAGUCCGUAUACGCCAGGGAUACUUCGUGUUUGGGCCGACCUGAAAUGUACAUGUUGUACAAAAAAGUUUGCCUCUUGCCAAAAUGUUUAGUUGGGGGCCAAUGGGCUUCUUGGAGGCGGCUUACUACGUUGUUUUCCUCCUUCCUAAAGAAAACCAUCAUCCUCAACGAACCAGGAUGGAAUAUGGUUGAUGUCACAAAUGAAACGUGUACAUCGGAGCCGCGCAGGGAUAUAAAUUUGUAAAAAUUCUUUAUAUAUAUACAGGCAUAAGAAUCACACGAACACACAAGCAUAAAAAAAAGGAAACGUACCAUUUAUUCCAUGGGAUGUAAAGAAACGACAAAGAUCGAGAAAACUGAAACUACGUUCAAAGUAAUCAUUACUUUCCUUUAACUACCAGAUGCAAAAAGGCUAAGACAACACUUUUUUACACAAACAUACCAGAAAGAUCACAAAUCAGGACCUUCACUUCUUAUGUCGAAACUCCAUAGAAACCCGUCUAUGCUUCAAGUUUAUGUUUAAUUUGUAUCUUUCUGAGAUAAGAAAAGAAUAACAAGAUUGAAUUCAUAUAAAGCAUC